AUGUCCAAGAUGGCGACAAGCAACCACAAUGAGAAGUUGCAGAACGACACGGCGUCCAAUACGUCGGAUGCUGUCGGAGGGAUUGUAGAAAAUGUUGAGAAUGCACAGUUCUACGUCGAUCCGAAACAAGAGGCGAAGCUUCGUCGCAAGAUUGACUUUAUGAUUGUACCGACAGUCUGUCUACUUUAUCUCUUCUGCUUCAUCGAUCGUGCAAACAUUGGAAAUGCUCGUCUUGCCGGCCUGGAAGAUGACCUCGGAAUGAAGGGAAGCGACUACAACAUGGUCCUUUCCGUCUUUUACAUCAGUUACAUCAUUUUUGAGAUCCCAGCGAACCUUCUCUGCAAGUACAUGGGUCCCGGAUGGUUUAUCCCGUUGACAUCUUUGGGCUUUGGGCUGGUGUCCAUUUUCACAGCCUUUGUUCACAAUGUCCCUCAAAUUUGUGGUGUUCGUUUUGUUUUAGGUAUUUUUGAAGCUGGUAUGCUGCCUGGCAUAGCAUACUACAUGUCUCGGUGGUACAGACGCAGCGAACUUACCUUCCGAUUGUCUCUUUACAUCGUGAUGGCCCCCUUGGCGGGUGCGUUUGGUGGACUGCUCGCCUCAGCUAUUCUCAAACUACCACAUUUUGGAAGAUUCAAGAGUUGGGAGAUGAUAUUUGCCAUCGAAGGAAUCGUCACUGUUGCUCUAUCUAUCAUCUCCUUUGCUACACUUACCGAUCGACCCGAAUCAGCCAGAUGGCUUACAGAGGAGGAAAAAGCGUUGGCUAUUAACCGUAUCAAAACCGAACGUCUCGGAACAACCGAAGUCUUGGAUAAGAUGGACAGAGCAAAGAUCUUUGCCGGCAUUCGAAGUCCCCUUACUCUGUCCACUUCGGUCAUUUUCUUACUGGACAACAUCACUGUUCAAGGCCUUGCGUUCUUCUUGCCGACCAUCGUCCGAACGAUUUAUCCCGAACGAUCCAUCAUCUCGCAACAACUCUUCACUGUCCCACCAUACGUCGUCGGCGCUUUUUUCACGGUGCUUAUUCCAGCCUUCAGCUAUAAGAUGGAUCGUCGGCAAAUAUUUAUUAUCCUUUGCGCGCCGCUUGUUAUGGUCGGAUAUGCCAUUUUCUUAGGCACUAAUAAUGGCCAGGCCCGAUAUGGUGCCACGUUCCUUGUUGCUAGUUCUGCCUUUGCUCUUGCGCCUCUGACCAACUCGCAUAUCAGUGCCAAUGUCUUGAGUGAUACUGCAAGAAGCGCUGCGAUUGGAACCAAUGUCAUGUUUGGUAACAUUGGAGGUCUCAUUUCUACUUGGUCUUUUGUCAAGAGCGACGGGCCGGAUUAUCCAAUUGGAAACGGAUUGAACCUUGCAACGUCUAGUACUAUCUUGGUUCUUGGUACUUUGACUCUCUUCUGGAUCAAGCGAGACAACCGGAAGCGGGCGAGUCGGUCUGCGGAGGAGGAGUUGGCAGGAUUGAGCCAGCAACAGAUCCAAGAUCUUGAUUGGAAGAACCCCAACUUCCGAUGGAUCACGUAA